AUUUUUUGCGAAGAUGUAGAAAAACGUAAUUUUUUACUAAAUGUAUAAGUGAAAAAAUGCAUUUAGAUAAAAAGUAUAGACGCUUAAAUAGAGCAAAAUAUUUUAGACAAAUUCAUCAGAAGAAUACAUCUUUAAUGACACCUAGCAUAAAUUUGAGAGCAUAUCCAAGACAGAAUAUAAUUAAAAAUUAUGAAAAAAUUGAUGAAUUUAAAGUAGAUAGAAUAAAUAAUCAGUCAUCAGUGGAAAAACAUUGGCAUGCCAGGACUUUUAAUAUAAAUUUGCCAAUAACUAUUGCUAACGAUGAUUCUCAAAGACACCAUUUUUGGGAGGCAAGUCCCAUAUUGCCUAUUGGUAUGAUGCUUAUUCUUAGCACCUUAGUUUUUUUGUUAAUAAUGUUUAGAAGAUGGCCCAAUAUUGUAGUAAUCGUGGUUGCAGCCAGUUUAUCAUCAAUAGCGAUUUAUCUAUUUUUAUUAAGCGUGAAACAAAGUCAAUUUGUUUAUGUUUAA